AGCAUGUUUCAAGUUAAAAAGAGAGAGAGAGAGAGAGAGGUUUAGUUAGUCGCGCAGCGCAGCCUAAAGUAAACCCCAAACCCACUUCUACUCUCACAGUGCGUCAGCAAUGGCCGUCUGCCACCACCAAGUUCCCUUCAAGCUCUUCACUCCGAUUCCACCACCAAACCCAAAACCCAUCUUCCGAUGCAACCUCUCUCUCCCCUCCCGACCCACCCUCCUCACCGCCGAUCCCGAACCCCUCUACACCUCCGUCAAGGCCUUCGCCCCCGCCACCGUCGCCAACCUCGGCCCCGGCUUUGACUUCCUCGGAUGCGCCGUCGACGGCCUCGGCGACUUCGUCUCCCUCACCGUCGACCCCCAAGUCCUCCCCGGAGAGAUCUCCAUUUCCGAGAUCUCCGGCGACCACAGCUCCAAGAAGCUGAGCAAGAACCCCAUCUGGAACUGCGCCGGGAUCGCCGCCAUCGAGGUCAUGAAGAUGCUCGGCGUCCGCUCCGUCGGCCUCUCCCUCUCUCUCCAGAAAGGCCUGCCUUUGGGAAGCGGGCUCGGAUCCAGCGCGGCCAGCGCCGCCGCCGCCGCCGUCGCCGUCAACGAGAUUUUCGGCGGGAAGUUGGGGGUUGAGGCGCUGGUGCACGCCGGGCUCAAAUCGGAGGAGAAGGUCUCCGGCUACCACGCCGAUAACAUCGCUCCGGCGCUGAUGGGAGGCUUCGUUCUGAUUCAGAAUUAUGAGCCGUUGGAUUUGCUCCGGUUGAGCUUCCCCUUGGACAAAGAGCUGAUAUUUGUACUGGUGACCCCCGAAUUCGAAGCUCCGACGAAGAAAAUGAGGGCGGCGCUGCCGGCGGAGAUAGGGAUGGCCCACCACGUGUGGAAUUCCAGCCAGGCCGGAGCGCUGGUGGCGGCGGUGCUUCAAGGUGACGUGGCGAGGCUCGGCAAGGCAUUGUCGUCGGAUAAGAUUGUGGAGCCCAAGAGGGCUCCUCUGAUUCCGGGCAUGGAGGCGGUGAAGAAGGCCUCCAUUGAGGCUGGAGCUUUGGGCUGCACAAUCAGCGGGGCCGGGCCCACGGCGGUUGCGGUGACGGACAAUGCCGAAAAGGGGAAGGAAAUCGGAGAGCGGAUGGUGGCGGCUUUUUUGAAAGAUGGGAACUUGAAAGCUGUGGCGAGUGUGAAUAGGUUGGACAGAGUUGGUGCUAGGCUUGUUAGUAGCAUUCCCAGAUGAAGUGUUGGAGUUGUUCUUGGAAUUUGAGUUGCGCAUUUAGGUGAGUUCUGCUUGUUGCUUUAGAACUAGCAGAAGGUUGCCGCGAUUGUAAUCCGAAGCAAAAUUGAAAACAAGUAAUGUAUGUGUUUGAUUAAGCCUGAGUUUAGGCUGGUGAGAGAAGUAAAACUAAUAAGGAAUCCAAUGCAGGCUGUGUUUCCUCGAAGUUAUAAAGUUUUAUUAUACUUCAGUCUUCUCA